GAUUGAAAUCUUAGAAACAUAUGAUUGGUAAAGAGAUUUAAAAUCGCUCGACGACUAAAAUUAAACAAAGCGGGAGUGUGCAAAUUGCACGAUUUGGAUGAAUGUCAUAUACGGUAUAUGGUUAAACUACUAAAAGAGAAAUUUAAGCCUGUCUUUACGACUGCGCACGUUGACUGUAAACUACAUUUCCCAUGAUGCCUCGCAGCGAUGACGGGUGACUAGUCAUGCGGAUGGAAAAGAAGACAGUGGUGUAGUCGCAGGCAGAAGAAAAGUUUACGGAAAAUGCAUGGAGGGAAUGGGAGAGAAGAGAACAGUCAGCGGAAUUGCCGGAUUCCGGCCAGCAAAUCUGUCGAGGUGGUUGACUUUGAGGGCACAAAAGAACAAGGUUCGAAAUUGUGCGGCUAUCUAAAUAAACUUACGGGCAAAGGACCACUGAGGGGAUUCAAGCCGCUGUGGUUCGUCUACGACCCCAGAAAAUGCUACUUGUAUUAUUUCAAGUCCCCCCAGGACGCCCUGCCCAUGGGGCACAUAGACAUCGGCGACGCCUGCAUGAGGUAUGAUGUGGAAGGCGAAGAGGGGCAGUUUGAGAUCCUGACGGCUGGAAAGCAGAUUCUGCUCAAGGCACCCAGCCAGCAGGUCAUGCACUACUGGCUGCAACAGCUGCAGCAGAAGCGCUGGGAGUUCAGCACCGCGCGUGGGUUGGGGACUCGAGACAGCUGGAACCUGCCCACCCUGCCCCAGACACACAGUGGCCUGGUGGCCAGCAACACAGAUAGUUUUCCUUUCGAGGCACCGAGUGAAAGUAUGGAGAGGGUACGCAGUGAUUUUUCCUUGGAUGCCAACGUGGACGAGCUGCCAGGGGGGUCCACCACCCGCAGUGCCGGCCCCCACUUCUCCUUCAGGCAGCUGGGCUUCGAGCUCAGGAACUCGAUGUCCCAGCUGCGCCAGGGCUGGGGGGGCGAAGGUAGGCGCAGCGUCUUUUACACCGCGGAAGAGUGGGAGAUGGUCGACCCCCCUGGCAAGGACUCGCAGGAGCCCGUGCAAAUACAGGAGCCCCCCAAGAAGCCCCCCUCGGACACCCACAGACACUCCACGGGCUCCGUGUUCACGUUCGACUUUGGGAAAUCUGCAUCCCGCCCCCGGCGGCCCUUCCUGCGAGAUGUGAUGAAGGCUGGCCGGAGCGCAGAGAGCAGCCAGACCGACUGCAACGGCAGCAAGGCCUCUGAGAUGCAGCAUCGGCUGCAGAGCCUGCAGGAGGAACUGGCUCAGCUCAGGGAGGAGCUGGCCAGCCAGAAGGAGCUGGUCCGGCUGCUGCAGCAGACCCUGAAGAGCGCGCAGUGCGAGAGGCCCGCCAUUGCAGUGGGCGGGGGCCCUGGGGGGCCGCAGGACCAGGCCGCGCUCCUGCAGGAGAAGAGCAACCAGAUCAAGGGCCUCUGUUGCCACAUGGAGAAGCUGGCGCUGGAGAAGGAGAGUCUGCAGCAAGAGCUGAAGAGCCUGAAGAACAAGGUGGGCGAGAUGAACGAGCAGCUGGGGAUGCUGAUGGAGACCAUCCAGGCCAAGGACGAGGUCAUCAUCAGGCUGUCCCAGCAGGGCUGUGCCUCCUCUGGUGGGGCUUGUGGCUCUCCAGACUGCGGCUCGCCCUCCUCCACCUCCAAGGAGCUGCAGGAGCUGGACAACCUGAAGGAUGGCCUACAGGCCUACAAAACCCAGAACAAGUUUCUGAACAAGGAGAUCCUGGAGCUGACGGUCCUGCGUAGGAAUGCGGAGGGCAGAGAGAAGGCUCUAGAAGCAAAGUACACAGCCCUGGAGGCCAAGCUAUGCCAGGUGGAAAGCAAGUACCUGAUCCUCCUGCAGGAGGUGAAGAGCCCAGUGUGCUCGCCCUCUGAGGAGAACCCAGCGCAGGAGGUCAUCUCCAGGCUGCUGGAGGACGCUCUGCAGGUCGAGAGCUCCGAUCAGCAAGAGCACCCGAUCUUCAAGCCGCACCCCGUCAGCGAAUAUGACGUGUAUGGGUUCAAGACAGUACCUGAGGACGACGAGGAGGAGAUGCUGGUGGCCAGGGUCAGGGCACUUAACCUGAAGAAGCUGUCGCUGGGAGAGCAGGAGAUGUCUGUGAGCGUGAAGUGGGAUAACUACUUAGCGGGGAUGAUGAACAGGGAGAUGACGCGCUCGCCGGAGCUGAAAGCCCUGGUGCGCAGUGGGGUCCCCCACGAGCACCGCUCUAAGGUGUGGCGCUGCUGCGUCAGCUUCCACGUGAAGAAGCUGCGGGAGGUGCUGCCGCAGAACUACUUCGAGAGCCAGCUGCGUGCCGCCCUGGAGAAGUCGAACCCGGCCUCCAAGCAGAUCGAGCUAGACCUCCUGCGGACCCUGCCCAACAACAAGCACUAUGCCUCGCCCACCGCCGAGGGCAUCCAGAAGCUCAGGAACGUGCUGCUGGCCUAUUCCUGGAGGAACCCUGACAUUGGCUACUGCCAGGGUCUCAACAGGUUGGCUGCCAUCGCACUCCUGUACCUGGACCAGGAAGAUGCGUUCUGGUGCCUAGUUGCAAUCAUAGAGGUGUUCAUGCCACGAGACUAUUACACAAAAACACUGCUGGGCUCACAGGUGGACCAGCGGGUUUUUAAGGACCUGCUGAGUGAGAAGCUACCCCGCCUUCACGCUCACUUUGAGGCAUAUAAGGUGGAUUUCUCCCUCAUCACCUUCAACUGGUUUCUGGUGGUGUUCGUGGACAGCGUCGUCAGUGACAUCCUCUUCAAGAUCUGGGAUGCGUUUUUGUAUGAGGGGCCAAAGAUCAUAUUCCGCUUUGCUCUUGCCCUCUUCAAAUACAAAGAGGAUAAGUUCCUCAAGCUGCAGGACUCCAUGGCCAUCUUCAAGUACCUGCGCUACUUCACACGCACCAUCCUGGAUGCGAGGAAGCUCAUGAACAUGGCCUUCGUAGACAUGAACCCCUUCCCGCUGCGGCAGAUCCAGAACCGGCGCACCUUCCACCUGGAGAAGGUGCGUCUGGAACUCACGGAGCUGGAGGCGAUCAGGCAGACCUUCUUGCGGGAGCGGGAGACCACAACUGACGGGAGGACUCUGAUCAGCGACGACGAAGAAGACAAUUAACAAUCAGCCAGUGAGAACCAGCCUGUGUAGCCCAACAUUCAAUUAAGAUUUAUUAUUUUCUUAAUUGCAAUCAGAACCUGCAUUCCGCAUUGAGAUGCUAGACCCGCUUGCAACCCGACUGCAUCUGAGCAGAACUGACGAGCCUUUUUGGUGACCCGCUUAGAUGAAGACCAAACAGAACCAUGUGGUUGUUGCGCUGACGGGUAUUUCUGCGUGGGACAGGCCCCUGCAGUGAGCAGAUUGUCUUUGUAGGUCAGAAAGGGCACAGUAUUGAAAAAGAAGUAGAUUCUCUUAAAGUAGAUCAUAAAUAAUGCAUUUAAAUAGUUAAUUCUGCGGUUACGCUGAUAUCUGGCAUUUCAAAUUUUCAAAUAUCCGGCUUAUGCGAAGGCCAGAUAGCCUUCACAGAAGCCUUGAAUCUUCACUGUUCAGCGCUCCAUGUUCAGGUUCUGUUCGUGCCACAUUCGGUUAUGUUGAUGAAAAAUGAGUUUGCCAGCUCGCAUGCACAGGGCUCGCAGCCGGUUAUGCUCUUUAUGCUAAGCGGAUCCUUCUCAGGAGUAUGUUUGUUUACAGUCCCAUUUUGUCUUGUAUUUCAUUUUAUGAUCUAUUGAUGUUUUUAGGUAUUUUUAGACACCUUCUGUUCAUUAUCUUUUUCGCUUAGUUUCCAAGCUAAGUCACUGUACAUUUCAUUGUCACGGAGCUCCAGUAUGGCACACAUUCCUCACUCAUAUUCCCAGUGCCGUCCGCCUAAUCCCAGUCUGGCACACAUUCCUCACUCAUAUUCCCAGUGCCGUCCGCCUGGUCCCAGUCUGGCACACAUUCCUCACUCAUAUUCCCAGUGUCGUUCGCCUGGUCCCAGUCUGGCACACAUUCCUCACUCAUAUUCCCAGUGCCGUCCGCCUGGUCCCAGUCUGGCACACAUUCCUCACUCAUAUUCCCAGUGCCGUCCGCCUGGUCCCAGUCUGGCACACAUUCUUCUCCCUCACCCCUCAACCUCCAAUGGAUUCGUUUAGAUAGCAGUGUGUCACUCAUCAAUUUUAUUUAUUGUUCCAUGCUCACUGACUUUCAUCAGGUAUGGGUGGAUCCAUGUCUGUAAUUUUCUUUGACUCUUGACACUCAUCGUGUCUCCAGUAUCACUUCCCUCAUGUGAAAUCUCUCUCGGCAUGACGGGAUUUACUGGGAUCACACUUGAUCUUUUCUGUAAUGAAGCACAUCCUCUCUGCUUAUGCAUGCCCAGUGUUACUCAGCCAUUUCUGCACUCGUCACUGCAUACCUCAUCCUUAGGGUCAAUUCAUUUAUUGUGUGGUACUUUCCCUUGCAAUCCUAAUAUGGACUUAGCAGGCUGACUAUUAUACGGUCACGUUAAUACAAAUGUAGCUUAAUAGCAUAAGUUUAGAAUACGUCAGUAUGUCAUCUAAUGUAUCUCCAAAUGUAAUUGGAUUUAAAAAACUGUGAAACCAUUUUUGAGAGCAGGUCUCUCUAGCUGCCAUAUCGUAACUCUUUAUUCUCGUUAACGAACAUUCCUUUGCUUUUUCAGGUAUAUUUCUGUCUAGUAUUUUUUAUUUUAUUUUUACACAAUUUCAUUUCAAUUGCAAAAACAUGCUAAUGGCCAACUUAUUUUUCUUUUUUAAACAAUGGAAAUACUUCAGAAGAAUCCAUGUAGUAUGCCACAUACAGAAUGGGGGAAAUCAGGGAGCAUUUCCUCUUUAAGGUGGAGCUGUUGGUUUUUACUUUUGUAUUGUAUGAGUGUAGUGCCGUAUUUGUAAAAAUUGCCUUUAUCAAAGCUUGGCACCUUAGAAAAUAGGCACUUUCUUUUGUAUCGUAAAUACGUAUUUUCUAAGUACUCUGAAUGCAGUGUUGUUCAGAAUGCGAAAAAGGCAAGUUUACAUGCGUAAAAGUAUUAUCACAGUAAUAAGCACACCCAAAUGCUGUUUUUGUAUCAAUAGCAUUAACACACAAUAAAUAAUGUACCCACCCUU